GCCCAGUUGUUUCCAAUACAGCCCUAAUCCAAUCGAUGGGCAGAGAGAUAGAAAGAAGAAAAGAGAGAGUAGCUGAAGAAAAGGUUGAGAAAGGAGAAGCCGUUAUCGACUCGCCGGAGAAGGGAUAUUGUCACCGUCCGAAACUUUCACAGAGUUGAUAGGUAUUAGUAGUUGCUCAUCCUUUUGUUGAACACUAGCAGAAGCCAUGAUGCAAACAUUACCAAGAGAGGGUGAAAAUGCUCUAUCUGUGGUUGGUCCAAGGCCAAUGGAGUGGUCUACUGUUCCUUAUAGUGGUCCUCCAGCACCAGGGGCAAAUGGAAAGCAGAGAACAUCAAGUCUGGAAUCACCUAUCAUGUUGUUAACAGGUCAUCAGAGUGCUAUAUACACGAUGAAGUUCAAUCCAGCCGGAACAGUCAUUGCAUCUGGCUCACAUGACAAAGAAAUUUUUCUUUGGAAUGCGUUUGGGGAAUGCAAGAACUUCAUGGUUUUGAAAGGGCAUAAGAAUGCUGUUUUGGAUCUUCAGUGGACUACUGAUGGGUCACAGAUAAUAUCAGCCAGUCCUGACAAGACCCUUCGGGCAUGGGAUGUAGAAACCGGUAAACAGAUAAAAAAGAUGGCAGAACACUCUUCUUUUGUGAAUUCAUGCUGUCCUUCCCGUAGAGGCCCACCUCUUGUUAUCAGUGGAUCUGACGAUGGCACCGCAAAGCUUUGGGAUAUGCGUCAGAGGGGUGCGAUCCAGACAUUUCCAGACAAAUACCAAAUCACGGCUGUCAGUUUCUCUGACGCAUCGGAUAAAAUCUACUCUGGUGGGAUAGAUAACGAUGUUAAGGUUUGGGAUUUGCGGAGAAACGAGGUUACCAUGACGCUUCAAGGACAUCAGGAUAUGAUAACUGGUAUGCAAUUGAGUCCGGAUGGGUCCUACCUUCUUACCAAUGGCAUGGAUUGCAAGCUCUGCAUAUGGGACAUGAGGCCAUAUGCUCCUCAAAAUCGUUGUGUGAAGAUAUUGGAAGGUCAUCAACACAACUUUGAGAAGAACUUGUUGAAAUGUGGAUGGUCACCUGAUGGAAGCAAGGUCAUAGCUGGUAGUUCAGAUCGGAUGGUGUACAUUUGGGAUACAACUUCUCGACGCAUCUUGUACAGACUCCCCGGCCACACAGGAUCGGUAAAUGAAUGUGUUUUCCAUCCCAUUGAACCAAUUAUUGGAUCUUGCAGCAGCGAUAAACAAAUUUAUCUGGGGGAGAUCUCUACUGCAACUGCCCCGCAAUUUCAUUAACCUGCCCUUCAUGGGUAUGCAAGUCUUCUAAAGCAUCACAAAGGUUGUAGGUUUUUUUGUAAUUUUUAAGCUGAAUUUUGACAUCCUUGAGUAUUACUAUACAUUUUAGCUCAAAUGAUUGCAUCAUGGAACUUUGGUCAUGCAUUCAUCAAUCCCUACGUUAAGCUCUUUUAAGAACCAUGGAUAAAUGUUCGUCGUCUGGUGUUUGUCCUUUUUCUUAUUUACCUGUUGGAUUGUCACUAUCACACCGUUGAGGGUUUGAACUCGACAACCCACACUGGCCUGAGUAAACUUGUGGGGAAAUGGUGUUAAAUUCAGAUGGUGUGAUGGACCAAAAUUGGUUUGGGAUCCCACCUUUUCAUUUGUCUCACCCAGGCCCAACUUAAAAAUAUAUAUUUAUUUGUUUGAAGGCCAUUUUCUUCUUAUGAGAAGGGAGUUAAUGGAGUAAAUGUGUCACUUAUCUUUGCUAGUCAUAUAAUUUCUUUGUAA